AUGGACAUCACUUGCCCGCCACAUGUGUCUGUGAAUGACGCCCAACCACUUGCUCCCCCACUUGCAGAGGAUCAAGGCUACAGCCCAGUGUGCGCGCGGGGAAGGAGGCACAGAGACAGCCCCGACAGGCCACCGCGCAGCUCUGGUGGCCCCCACGCCACCUCUCGCUCCGCAGACCCGCGCCAGGGCGGCCUCUGGGCCGGAGCGGGCACGCGGCAGCGGGCGCUGGGAGGUGGGGCUGGGGGAGGAGAGGGAGAAGGAGGGAGGCGGGCGGGAGGGGAGGAUCCGGGAAGCUCCAGGGUAUUUGACAGGACCGAGGGCGGACGCAAAGGACGCGGAGGACCUCUGGGUGCCUGCAGGGGAGCUGCUCCAGCAGGGCCGCCGGGAGCGGUGGGGAGAGCAUCGCGGAGCCGCCCCUCCACGCGCCUGCCGGGCCGCGAUCGCCCUCGGGGCUCUCCUGGUAGCAGUGCCAGGGCGCAGAGCUCGGCUGAUCUCCCGCCCCCGCCACCUCCGCCACUAUGCUGCUCCCCCAGCUCUGCUGGCUGCUGCUGCUGGCGGUGCUGCUCCGUCCGGUGCCCGCAGCAGAAGUUCUCGGCGCUCACGUUUUUGAGAGUUGAUCAAGAUAAAGACAAGGAUUGUAGCUUGGACUGUGCGGGUUCGCCUCAGAAACCUCUCUGCGCAUCUGACGGAAGGACCUUCCUUUCCCGUUGUGAAUUUCAGCGUGCCAAGUGCAAAGACCCCCAGCUAGAGAUUGCAUAUCGAGGAAACUGCAAAGACGUGUCCAGGUGUGUGGCCGAAAGGAAGUACACCCAGGAGCAAGCCCGGAAGGAGUUUCAGCAAGUGUUCAUUCCUGAGUGCAAUGACGACGGCACCUACAGUCAGGUCCAGUGUCACAGCUACACAGGAUACUGCUGGUGUGUCACGCCCAACGGAAGGCCCAUCAGCGGCACUGCCGUGGCCCACAAGACGCCCCGGUGCCCGGGUUCCAUCAAUGAAAAGUUACCGCAACGCGAAGGCACAGGAAAAACAGAUGAUGCCGCGGCUCCGGCGUUGGAGACUCAGCCUCAAGGAGAUGAAGAAGAUAUUGCAUCACGUUACCCUACCCUUUGGACUGAACAGGUUAAAAGUCGGCAGAACAAAACCAAUAAGAAUUCAGUGUCAUCCUGUGACCAAGAGCACCAGUCUGCCCUGGAGGAAGCCAAGCAGCCCAAGAACGACAACGUGGUGAUCCCUGAGUGUGCGCACGGCGGCCUCUACAAGCCAGUGCAGUGCCACCCCUCCACGGGGUACUGCUGGUGCGUCCUGGUGGACACCGGGCGCCCCAUUCCCGGCACAUCCACAAGGUAUGAGCAGCCAAAAUGUGACAACACGGCCAGGGCCCACCCAGCCAAAGCCCGGGACCUGUACAAGGGCCGCCAGCUACAAGGUUGCCCGGGUGCCAAAAAGCAUGAGUUUCUGACCAGUAUUCUGGAUGCGCUGUCCACGGACAUGGUCCACGCUGUCUCCGACCCCUCCUCCUCGUCAGGCAGGCUCUCGGAACCCGACCCCAGCCACACCCUAGAGGAGCGCGUGGUGCACUGGUACUUCAGACUCCUCGACAAAAACUCCAGUGGAGACAUCGGCAAAAAGGAAAUCAAACCCUUCAAGAGGUUCCUUCGCAAAAAAUCAAAGCCCAAAAAAUGCGUGAAGAAGUUUGUUGAAUACUGUGAUGUGAAUAAUGACAAGUCCAUCUCAGUACAAGAACUGAUGGGCUGCCUGGGUGUGGCUAAAGAGGACGGCAAAGCAGACACCAAGAAGCGCCACACCCCCAGAGGUAAUACUGAAAGUACGUCUAAUAGACAGCCCAGGAAACAAGGAUAAAUGGCUCCCACAGCGAAGGCAGUUCCUAGACAUGUGGGAAACUCCCUCACCAAACGAGCAAUUAAGAAAACAAAAACAGAAACACAUAGUAUUUGCACUUUGUACUUUAAAUGUAAAUUCACUUUGUAGAAAUGAGAUAUUUAAACAGACUGUUUUAAUCUGUGAAAAUGGAGAGUUGGCUUCAGAAAAUUAAUCACAUACAAUGUAUGUGUCCUCUUUUGACCUUGGAAAUCUGUAUGUGGUGGAGAUGUAUUUGAAUGCAUUUAGGCUUAAUUUCUUCGCCUUCCACAUGUUAACAGUGGAGCUCUAGGCACUCUGGUUGCAAUCCUAUGGCUUCCCUAACCCCUGCAGUCACUUCCAGAUGGCUGUGCUUACAGCAUUGCGGAAUCAUGUUGGAAGCUCCACAUUUCCGUGGAAGGUUGUGAUGUACGGUUGACCCUUCAGGCAGUUAACAUGCACGGGCUGGUUUGUUUCUUGGGAUUUUCUGUUAGUUUGUCUUGUUUUGCUUUCCAGAGAUCUUGCUCGUACAAUGAAUCACGCAACCACUAAAGCUAUCCAGUUAAGUACAGGUAGUUCCCCUGGAGGAAAUACUAUUUCCAAACUGUCUUUGGUGUGAUACUUUGGCUCAAAGGAUGUUUGCUUUUCCAUUUUAAGCUUCUGUUUGAGUUUUGCCCUGGGGCUUGAGCGAGUCCCGGAGAGUCGUUCUGGUGGUGGGAGGCUGCCUAGGAGGGGCCCAUCCUUCCAAAAUGUAAAUCCAGUCACGGUGUGACCGAGCUGCCUAACAGGCUUGUCUGCCUGGUUUUUCCCCCACAUGAUCCUCCUAUCUGGUCCACCCCAGGGCUACCGGAAGGUAAAGUCUUCACCUGAACCAAUUAUGAGCAAUCUCCUUACUGAAGGCACAGCUGGAUCCAUGGUGCCCCCAGGGCUGGUGUUGGCAGCCGGGGAGAAGUGCCUGUGGGUCCCCACGGUUCCUUUCUACUUUUCUGAAUGCAUCAAGGGUACAAGAACUUGCCAAUGGGAAAUUCAUCUGGGUGGCACUGGCAGAGAAGGAUAGGAUUGGAAUGCCCACACGGUGACCAAAGAACUGGCCUGCGUGCACAGCCAGCUGCCCCCCUCAGGCCUGGGCCUGGAGCUCAGAGCGCCCUCUGUCUGUGAGGAACUGUUUGGAGGAUGGUCUGAGAGCGGAAACUUCAAUGUGAUUCUAUCUCGGCUCAGACUGUUGUUUGGAAAAGCAUCUUCAUGGCCCCAAAUCCCCUGACACAUGCCUUGUAGAAGAUGUUUGUGAGGUUGGGAUGCUUGUGGAGCAUCGCAUAAGGCUUCUUACUUAUUUAAACUGUGCAAGGUAAAAAUCAAGCCUUUGAAGCCACAGAACCAGCUCAAGUACAUGCCAAUGUUGUUUAAGAAACAGUUAUGAUCCUAAACUUUUUGGAUAAUCUUUUAUAUUUCUGACCUUUGAAUUUAAUCAUUUUUCUUAGAUUAAAAUAAAGUAUGCUAUUAAAACUA